AUGCUGUUUUCUGUCGUCACCCCUCUACACUUCUUUGAUCCUCAUCAACAGAUCUUCAAAAGUUCUGUCCAUCAAAUAUGCGAGAAAAACACCAAAUUAAGCUAUUGGGAUAAGUAUGAGCUGCCAGUUUACAAUUUUCAUGACGAAGAAAUUCUGCCGAACGUGAAUCCCAAUGUAAACCCCAUUUCUGACUGCCAUGCGGAUCAUAAACCUCUAACCAUUCUCAUCAAGGGCUCUUGGGGAUUAAAGCAUCCAAAGCUAAAGUUGAAAUGUCGAACAAGGGGGGGGGGAUACCUCUUGGGGGCUAUAAUAUUGUUUUUACUUGGCUGA